ACAAAAGCAACGAAGCUUCUCCCUUGUUCUGUGUUCUUCCAAUGUACAACUCUAAAUAUUCAAGUUAUGUUACCGAAGAAGAUUCACAUGACAUGAAUCAUUCGACAAAACACAAAAGAGCUAACGCUUUGCUCAUGAAUUCUGCUUCAGCCCACGAUCUAAGAUGUCUACAGGUAGAGAAAGAGAAGCAAGAUCCUAAAUCACCGAGAGGCGCCCUAGAAGCCUGUCUAACCCGAUGCUCAAUCUCUUCCUCCUCGUCUUCCUCUGAAGAUCCUCCUCCAAACAGAGAAGCUGUCGAAAACGCAGACGCGGAAGCGCGUUGCAAGAAUCACAGAGCAUCUUCGAACUGGGGCAAAUUCUUCAAGCUGUGGAAGCACAGAUCCAUGAAACGCCUGUCGUCUUUCCCUCCUUUAGGCGGCGCUCCAACGAUCUCAAAACCCCGCAAAAACGCAGAUCCACACAUCGAUGGUAUGAACCUUCACGAUAUCUACAGUUUCCAAUCAUCUCUACACAGCUUCUCAAUCGCCGACCUCCAAAUCGCUACUGACAAUUUCAACCCCGAAAACAUAAUCGGAAGAGGCGGCUACGCAGAGGUAUACCAAGGAAUUCUACCGGAAGGAAAGCUAAUCGCUGUGAAACGUCUGACCAAAGGCACACCGGACGAGCAAACAGCAGAGUUUUUGUCAGAACUGGGGAUUAUAGCUCAUGUUGAUCAUCCAAACACCGCUAAAUUCAUCGGUUGCUGCAUCGACGGUGGAAUGCAUCUCGUUUUCCGGCUAUCUCCUCUUGGAAGCCUAGGCUCUCUCCUCCAUGGAUAUACCGGCCGGUACUUUGCGCCGGAAUAUUUCAUGCACGGAAUUGUCGAUGAGAAAACCGAUGUUUUCGCCUUUGGAGUUCUUCUCUUGGAGCUCAUAACCGGCCAUCCUGCUCUUGACGAGUCCCAACAAAGCCUUGUCUUAUGGGCCAAGCCGUUGCUAGAGAAGAGAGAGAUAAAGCAGUUGGUUGUGGAACUAUUACUAGGUCAAGAAAGUGUCGCUAUGACUCCAAGAGAAGCCAAGAGAAAGAUGAUGCAACGAACGUAUUCUGAAGAAUUAUUAGAUAGUGUAGAAUAUAACUCAACUAAAAACAAUACAACGGAUUGUAUGGACAUCAAGAGAUCUUACCAUAAGACCAUUGUAAAGAGCCUUCCAAAAAGAAGGAUCAAAAGGGGACCUAACCAAAUCAAAACUGAAAUCUCUAAAGUUUUCUAUAAGUUUGAUGUCACUUAUGAUCAUCUGGAUCAUUUGUUCCAGUAUCAACUGAAAUAUAGCAAAAAUUUAGGGCUUUAUUGUACUCUUCCAACGGCAUCUUUGACGUCUAAGACGCUUUGGGAGGAGUCGGAGUUUAGAUGCUCGCGUAAGCUGCAGAGCAAUCUGUCUCAUGUACCUGUGAAAGUCCUUGCCUUGCUUGAAAAACAAAUUAUCUUUCCCGAAGAUUCUGACAAGAGCUUCUGGAUAGCUCAUGAUGAAACACUUGUUGUCUUGUUUGAAAAUCUCAAAGUUCACUUCCGGGUCUGUCGAAACAAUCGUCUUAGAGCCGAUGAUACUCGUCCGGAACAACGAACCGUGCCUGAAGCACAAACCAGAAAGAAGCACUCGGAGAAGAAACAAGAGAAA